AUGGCAAUCCGUGAUCGGCCAAGGUUUGCAGUCGCACCAAAUAUCCGCAUGCGUGACUGUCCGUCACACGCUCUUGCCGACUCACUGCAGGAGUCACCUGUAUUGUCCUCUUUCCUGCCUCUCGGUCGGGUCGAUGCCUCGCGUCUGGGCCUUUGGUCUAGCAAACUUGACGCCAAUGACUGUGACCAUGUCCUGGACUUUCUGGAAUCCCCCGCGCGUUCACUUCACAUCCGAUGCGGCCAUUUGCCUUUGGUUGCGCGCUCCUCCGACCGUCAAUUUCCUCCUACCUAUUCUCCACUUCGUCUGCGCAGAAAAAAAUGUUCCUACCACUUGGUGCCUAAUUAUUUCUCUUGCCAUAAGGAACUGAGCCUGAAGCUCGCUGCUUCUAGGGUUUUAACCUAUUAA